CAAGUCCAUCCCUCUCAUUUUCAAAUUCUCAUUGGAAGAUUCGAUCUAUUUUCUGUUUCCGUUGGAAAGUCAUUGCCUUUCAAAAGAAAAAAGAAAACCCACUAUUCUAUUCUAUUGAUUCUUCAAAUUCUCUGUUUCCUGGAAAGUGUUUUUGGUUUGUGUUCUUUUUCUUUCAACCCUUUUUAUUCUUAAGCCCCUUUUGAGACUUGGGUCUCUUUCGAUUUUUAGAAUCAAGAGCAAUCUCUGUUUUGAUUCGUGUGUCCGAUCAUCUGGGGUUUUUUAGAACCAGAAAAGAAAGAAAGAAAGAAGAAGAAGAAGAAUAAGAAGGAUUAACGACUAAAGGGUUUUGAUCAUCUACUCAUUUUGAAGUCUUCUUUUAGGGAAGAUUCUUCUUCUUUCCUUUUUGGGAGUUGGGGUUGGGGCUUCUUUGUUAAUCCCCUCCUUCAUAGUAGGGAUGAAGAGAGGGAAAUUGGACAAAGUUGAUAUUAUCGUUUCUUUUACUAGACAGAGAUCGAUUCAGAUACUUUUACUCAUUGGGGUUCUGUAUCUUCUUCUGGUUUCUUUAGAAAUUCCUCUUGUUUUCAGAGCUGGGUCCAGCGUUGUUUCUCAAGACUCGUUGUCUCGGCCUUCUCCGCUUGAGAGCGAGGAAGAUUUGGAAGAAAGAGAAGCCCCAUCUCGUCCUUUGGAAAAUAUCUCGAGAAAUUCGUUACAGCCGACUCCUAGUCGACUGAAUCAGUUCAAUAAAAUCAUCUCCAGUUUGGCCUUGGAAACGGAGGCUUUUGAAUCGAGGAGUGAUGAUGCGGUUUCUGAGUUUUAUAGGUCUGCAAAAAUUGCCUCUGAGGUCGGGAAGAAAUUCUGGGAUGAGCUUGAAUCUGGAAAGAGUCAACAUUUGGAGAAGAAGAAGGCUGAAAAAGGAUCAAAUUCCUCUUGCCCACAUUCGAUUUCUUUAUCUGGGAAGGAUUUUUUGGCUCAUGGUCGAGUUAUGAUGCUGCCCUGUGGACUCACAUUGGGAUCACAUAUAACCCUUGUGGGUAAGCCAAGAGUGGCACAACCAGAGUACGAUCCUCAGAUAACUAUGGUGAAAAAUGGUGAAGAGUCGGUUAUGGUUUCACAGUUCAUAAUGGAGUUGCAGGGCUUGAACGCUGUGGAGGGUGAAGACCCUCCUAGGAUUUUUCAUUUCAAUCCUAGGUUGAAGGGGGAUUGGAGUGGAAAGCCAGUGAUUGAAAUGAACACAUGUUACAGGAUGCAGUGGGGCUCGGCCCAUCGCUGCGAAGGCUGGAAGUCCAAGGCCAACGAAGAUGCAGUCGAUGGCCAGGUGAAGUGCGAAAAGUGGAUCAGAGAUGACGAGGGGAACGAAGAGCAGUCAAAGGCUACAUGGUGGUUAAACCGACUGAUUGGUCGAACAAAAAGAAUGGAUAUAGACUGGCCUUAUCCCUUUGCUGAAGACAAGCUCUUUGUCCUAACACUUAGCGCAGGAUUUGAAGGUUACCAUGUGAAUGUUGAUGGGAAACAUAUUGUUUCUUUCCCUUAUCGCACUGGUUUUGCUCUCGAAGACGCCACUGGAUUAUCUGUCAUUGGGGACAUUGAUGUCCAGUCCGUGUUGGCUGCUUCUUUGCCACGAUCACAUCCUAGUUUUGCUCCUCAGCAGCACCUCGAGAUGUCAACGAGAUGGCAAGCACCACCUCUUCCUGAUGGCGAGGUAGAUCUUUUUAUUGGUAUCCUUUCUGCUGGCAACCAUUUUGCUGAACGGAUGGCAGUAAGGAAGUCGUGGAUGCGACAUAAACUCAUAAGGUCGUCAAAGAUUGUAGCUCGAUUUUUUGUAGCACUUCAUGCAAGAAAGGAAGUAAAUGUUGAGUUGAAGAAAGAAGCUGAGUUUUUUGGGGAUAUAGUUAUAGUGCCUUACAUGGAUAACUACGACCUUGUGGUUUUGAAAACUGUGGCCAUCUGUGAACAUGGGGUUCAUGCGGUGCCUGCAAAAUACAUUAUGAAAUGUGAUGACGAUACGUUUGUAAAAGUGGAUUCAAUCAUGAAUGAAAUUAAGAGAGUAUCUGGCACCGGGAGCGUGUACAUUGGCAACAUAAAUUACUACCACAAGCCCCUGCGCUACGGAAAAUGGGCCGUCACGUAUGAGGAAUGGCCAGAAGAAGAUUAUCCGCCUUACGCAAAUGGACCGGGGUACAUAGUGUCAUCUGAUAUUGCUCAGUUUGUCACAUCAGACUUCGAGAGACGUAAAUUGAGGUUAUUUAAGAUGGAGGAUGUGAGUAUGGGGAUGUGGGUGGAGCAAUUCAACAGCUCAAAAGCAGUGAAAUAUGUGCAUAGUUUCAAAUAUUGUCAAUUUGGAUGCAUAGAAGAAUAUUACACAGCCCAUUAUCAAUCUCCAAGACAAAUGAUUUGCCUUUGGAACAAAUUACUAAGGCAAGCGAAGCCUGAGUGUUGCAAUAUGAGAUGAUGAAGUUCUUGAUAAAAAAAGAAAACUUGCUGCUGUCAGUCGAUGCCUAUUUUUUGACUUGCCUGUACAUGAAUCUACUGCCUUGUAUGCCUUGUAUAUUAUCUCAAGCAUUGGUUUUAGGCAAUUUUUAGUUCAUGUAGAGAAGAAGAAAAAAAAGAGUUCACUCCAAAUAUCAAUUCAUUAUUUCUUGAGCUCUA